AUGGAUGAUAUUGGCCAACCAGAGGGGGCAAUUGAUGCGGGUGGCCCUAGGAGGGAAUUUUUAACCCUUAUCUUGGAGCAUUUAAGAAAUUUCCCUUUGUUUAUUGGUAAAAACCACAGCAAAUUUUUAACAUGUCUUGCCCAGAAUAUGGAAGAUGGGAAUUAUUUUUUAGCUGGUCAAGUAUUAGCCAUGACCCUUGUGCAUGGAGGCCCACCCCCACAGUUUUUGGCACCACAAGUUUUUGAAAGCCUGAUUGAAAAUCCAAAUAAGCAAAGGGGAUGAUGGAUGAUAUAUAUGAUUUGGAGCUUAAAAAUCUUCUUGAAUUCACAAGAUGUCAACAGAAUCAAUGACAUUCUCUCUGAGCAUUCAAGCUUAUUUGAGUUUGCUGGGAUCCUUAGACAAAUCAGAAACCUGGAAGACCGAGACAAACUUGUCAAUCAAACAAUUAACUGGUUUCUUUUUGGGAAGACACGAUCUGUACUCGAAGCACUGAAAGAAGGAAUGAAAACAUUGGGAAUAUUAGAACAGAUUGAGACAUAUCCCAAAGUAUUAGAGCCUCUGUUUAUAUACAAGCAUAAGAAGCUUACUGCUGAUGAGGUUACUAACCUUUUUCAAGUGAAACGCAGUCUUCCUGGAAGUAAUAAAUUUGAAGAUGAAAAUUUAUUGCUUUCGUUUUGAAAUGAUUUGCUAAUAGACAUUGAAGAGGGGGAGAGUGAACUUACAUUAGAGAUGGUUUUGAGCUUUGCGACAGGUUGUCCAUGUGUUCCUCCAAUUGGUUUCUCGCUUAUUGUCGCUAUGAUUGCAUUUCUUCAUGAUUUGGAGGCAGAUGGUAACAAGUCCAAGUUCCCCAAGGCAAAUACAUGUGCUUUAAAGCUCUACCUUCCUACUGUGCAUUCCAAAUAUAAUGACUUCAAGAACGCAAUGGCUUAUGGAAUAAUGAACGCCAAAGGUUUUGGUUAUUAUUGA